UGGAGUUGUUGGUUGGAAUGAAAACCUGCAGCCUCUCGGCCCUCCAUGGCACGAGUUUGACACCCCUGGACUAAACAAACCAGAAAGUACACACUCAAAGUGACAGCGACAGCGUUUUGGCUUGGACUGUUUGUGUUGUUUUACUGUCCGUUAAGUCAAGUUACCUGAACGAGCUGAAGUAACGUUAGUGAGCUGCUGAAAUGGAGGCCAGCCUUUCCAGACUCCUCACCGGGCUUUUGGUGUAUAUUAGCCGGAGUGACGGCCGAGUUCAUCUCGCCACUGUAAAAUCUGUCGAUGGCGUCAACUCCUCAAUCAUGGUGGAGUGGCUUGAGAGGAGCAUAGGCCGAAGAAAGGAGAUUGAGCUGGAAGAGCUGUGUGCGCUCAAUCCAUAUUUGCGGGAUUAUGUCAACUCACUCACCACCAAAGCUGUCAUCCCAGCACCGCCCUCCCCAAAGAAGAAGUAUGAGAUUCGACUGCGUUCAUCCAGAAUUCCUGUACCUGCAUCCUUUGCCACGAAGUCUCAGGCCAGGCAGACAUGUUUGUUCGAGGCACCUUCACCCCCAGUAUCGGUCCCGGCCUCAGAGUCUGCUGGGGCAAACCCUGAGUCAGUCCACACUGAUCCCCCUGCAGCAUCAGUCCUCACAAAUUCUGCAAUUCCAAACACGCCAUGCACGAGGAGCAAGGCCAAACAGGUGUCUUCUCUGCCUACGAUCAGUGAGGCCACCAAGGCGAAUGGAGCUGAGAGACUGCCUCCUCUGCCUGUAGGAACGGGCAGACGGAGAACUGUGGCCCCCCAGGAACUCAGCAAGACAAACAAAAGGCUGUCUGGUGUCAAGCCACCAGACGCACAGCCCAAGAAGGGAAAGUUUGGAGAGGCUCAUCGGCCCAACCAGAAGUUUUACGACAUGAUCCAAGAUUUUAGAGAGACCUUGGAAGUUACCCCACUGUCAGCCUCUGACCUGGUUGAAGCUCACAGAAUUUGUGUGUGUGUUCGCAAGCGGCCACUCAGCAAGCAAGAGGUCAAAAAGAAGGAGAUUGAUGUGGUGUCUGUACGUGGGAAAGGGGCUGUACUGGUGCAUGAGCCAAAACAGAAGGUGGACCUCACCAAGUACUUGGACAACCAGGUGUUCCAGUUUGACUACUGCUUUGAUGAGACCUCCACCAAUGACUUGGUCUACAGAUUCACAGCCAAACCUCUGGUCCAAUCCAUUUUUGAGGGAGCCAUGGCAACAUGUUUUGCCUAUGGCCAAACUGGAAGUGGAAAGACUCAUACUAUGGGAGGUGAUUUCACCGGCAAGCUGCAGAACAGUUCCAAAGGCAUCUACGCUUUGGCAGCCCAGGAUGUUUUUGCCCUCCUAAGCCAGAGGAGAUAUGCUAGCUUGGAUCUCUGUCCCUACGUGAGCUUUUUUGAGAUUUACAAGGGGAAGGUGUACGACCUGCUGAACAAGAAGGCCGAGUUGCGUGUCCUGGAAGAUGACCGGCAGCAGGUUCAAGUGGUGGGUCUGCAGGAGGAGUAUGUUUCCUCAGUGGAAGAGGUCAUAAAGAUGAUAGAGAUGGGCAGCACUUGCAGAACAUCAGGGCAGACCUCAGCCAACGCAAACUCAUCACGCUCCCAUGCAGUCCUGCAGAUUGCCCUGAGAUGCAGUGACCGUGCAAAAACGCUGCAUGGGAAGUUUUCACUGGUGGAUCUUGCUGGUAAUGAGCGAGGCACAGACGUCAGCUGCAAUGACCGCAGCACACUGGUUGAGACUGCAGAGAUCAACCGCAGCCUACUAGCUCUCACGGAGUGUAUUCGUUCUCUGGGUAGGAACAGCGAUCACAUUCCCUUCAGAAUGAGCACGUUGACCAAAGUCCUCAGAGACUCCUUUAUUGGAGAGAAAUCCAGGACCUGCAUGAUUGCUACGGUGUCUCCUGGUAUGGCAUCAUGCGACUACACAAUGAACACACUACGUUAUGCUGACAGAGUCAAGGAGCUGAAUGGCCAAUCCAAACCUGGUGGAGCCAUUAAGGCAAAGGAGCAAAGUGAUGAGGAGUCUGUGGAUCAGAGCAUGUAUGAUGCCAUAUCGCAGACGGCCAGUGAGCUCAUGAGGGCCUUGGAGCAAACCUCCUACAACAUUGAGGCAGGACUUCCUGACCUGGUGGAUCAUUCAAGAAGGCUGCUGGAUACAGUGUUGGCUUUACAAUCUGCAGUUGAUGAGGAGCGACCGGCAAGGAUGAACCCCAGCGACCGCUGACACAGCACUCAUCUGUCAUCCAUGACAUGUUUUAAAGAAAUGUUAGAGAGAUUGCAUAAAGGCUAUAAAGCACUAUUUACUCAAUAAAAUAAUAAAAUGUGUUCAAACAGCAU